AUCGGUAUCGGAACAAUUGGCGAAAAGUCAUAGAAAAUGUCACAUUUGCCUUUAGAUGCACGGGCCAUACUGCAGCACCUAAAUGAAUUAGGCUAUAGGAAUAUAACCGCCGAGCAACUCCGUGAAUUUCUGAAAGCUAAUUUGCGCCAGAAGGUAUGCAACCGCAGUCGGACAAACAAGGCGCCAGCAGACUCGCAACAACAACUAGCCACGCAACACCAGCAGCAACAUCAGCAGCAGCAGCAGCAUCGUCAGUAACAACAGCAACCAAAACAACAACACCACCUAAAGUAAAGGUCAUCAAAAGCAAACGGCCGCUGUGUCACUUCAAGUUCUAUUUGGAUAUUUGUGACCAUCAGCUCGCCACUCGCAUCGAGUCGGAUAUCAAGGCAUUGGGCGGUCACCUCGAGUUCUUCCUGAGCGACAAUAUCACACACUUUAUCACCGACAAGCCGGAGGUCGGUAGCGGUAGCCAAACAGGACACAGAACACCUGGUACACCAUCCACACCUGGUACACCCACCAGCCACUAUCAGGACGAUGGAUGUUCGUCGGCCCGAAAACCGAAUCAGCGGCAAUCACGUGCUGAUGCCAUACUAAGUCGCGUCCGCAGGACAACAGUUGGGGUGCCCAGUGGCGGUGUCAAUACCACACCCACAACAUCCAUCAAGCGUAGCUAUACCAUCUGGCAGACGGACUACGCCCAGCGUUUCAUAAAGCGCAUCCAAACCGAACUCAAGCAGUACUUGUACGGUAAGAAGGAAAGCGGCAGAGCAGGAGCGGCAGGAUCGGGUUCAGGCACUGCAACAGGUAGCCCCCAUCACAUUCAGCUGAAGAAGCAGUAUGUGAAGAUCGAGUCCGUGAAGCGAAAUUAUCGGCCGUACUAUCAUCUGAUUAAGCAGCCAGACGACUGGCCAAAGAUCGACUUAAGCAGCGAGGACGGCGCCUUUCGACUGCUAACCAAGUCAAAGACAAAGGAGAAGAAGGAACAGGAGCAGAGCAUGACCCGCAAGUCCCAGGGCUCGCGCACAUCCCAGAAAGACAAGGAAAAGAUACCCCAGCAUCCGGCCUUGCAGCAGCUGAAGAAGCAAUCGACUCUCCCGCCGAAUAGUCCUCGAUCCAACCUACGGGAGCCGAAGGAUUCUAGCGAGAAACAGGGUGGAGUGUGCGAGAUCUGUAAGCUAGAGUACGACACUCUGAACAUUCAUCUCCAGAGCAAGGAUCACGAGCUGUUUGCCAAGAAUUCGGAGAAUUUCCUGGCAUUGGAUAGCCUCAUAAGCAGUUCGGCGGAUGUGAAUCGGUUCCUGGCAGAGCAGCCGCCCGUUGAGAGUGAUCUGGACAUGGAUGUGGACGAGUCAAUGAGUAAUGAGGAGCAGAAGAGGCCAUCGCCAGCGUUGCGGGAGAGAUCCAAGCGUAUAACCAAAGGCAAGCAUUCGUCGGAAAAGUUCCAAGCAUCGGCUGCAUCCCCGCAGACGCCUUCGCCCGGAGGCGCCAGUGCCGGAAGUGGCAACAGCGGAAAGAAACAGCAAGCUGGAAGUCUAUCGGAGCUCCAGCGCCAGGUGCAUCCUACAACGGCGGCCGCCACUCCCACCACGACUACUGGGCGGCGGAAAACCCAGAACUCCGGGCUGUCGCCGCCAAUUAGAGCCAUGUUGCCGCCUUCCUCGCUGUACAAGGUGGUGGAGACUCGCGAGGAGUGCGCCACUCCGCCGCGAAGAGGCAGGCCCGGCGGCAACCAGGUGGAUUCCCCCUCCCUGAUAGUCAAGUUCCAGAAAGUCCGGCAAACGGAGCUGCAGCGCUUAAAUGGCGAGGCAGAGAACUUCAUGUUUCCACGGACGACGGCGUCCACGACGAGGAGCAGCAGUGAGCUGCCCACGGACAUCGACAGGCAAACCACUUCGGAUGUGAGGGGCAGGUGCAGCAUCUCCUCGGCCAGCCUGGACACCAGCACCAGCGAAGCGGAAACAAAAGAGUCCUCCGGCCUACAUAACACUAGUAUACGGAAGAGGGCCCAGGCCGUGGGAAGGAGGAGAAAAGCGGGAGGUGGAGGCAGUGGACAAGAGGUGCUCCAGCGCCAGUUGUCCACCGGGAGCAGCAGUAGCAAUAGCAACCAGCAGCGCUUUCCGAGCGCCCCCAUCCAGCCAGAGGAAGAGCCCAAGCCGGAGAAGCCACAGCCGCAGCUAAAGAUGAAGAUGAAGCUGAAGGUGAAGCAGGAGCAGCAAAUGGUGGCCACCAGGAAGAGUAGUCGGACUGCCACCGCCAUUGUGACAGCCGCCACUGCCAGCAGUCGUCAUCAGCAGCAGCAACUGAGGCAGACAUCCAGCCGGAAAUGGGCCAGCAAACUGGAGGAUCGGAUGGGGGAAUCAGAGAAAGCAAAGACAAAGCAAAAGGAAGUUGAAGCUCCAGCUGAGACGGAACCAGAGUUCGAAGAGGUGCUGUUGGAGGACCUCGAGGAUGAGUUGGAACUGGAUCUGGAGAGCAGCGUGUCCUCGGAGGGCAGCGAUGAGGACUACAUAGCCACCAAAAGUACAGCCACGACAAAGGCCCGGAAACCUGCCGACACCAGGGAGCAGAGGGCGGCCAGGCGGCGCUCGAGGUUAACCAUAAAUCGGAGUGCCGGCGAGGUGGAGCCGGUGGUGGAAGCGAAGACAUCGCCCACACGACCAGCCCCCAAGUCGGCGAGCCCAGCGAAGGCGGCCAAGGGCAGGCCACCGAAGAACAAAGCUCCACCGGUGGAUCUCAUCUUCGACUGCGCCAAGAGCGAGCGAUUGCAGAAGAUGAAGUACACCUUCGAGUCCCUGCCCAGCGGAGAGCUUUGGAAUCGGGUGUUUCUGCGUCAGGAUGCGGGCGAGGAGCACUACUUUACGUAUUAUGGCAGCACCCGCUACCGGAAGUUGCCCUACGAAAUGGGUCCCAUACCCAUGGCCCGAACCUUGCCGGCUCACACCUGCUCCUUGUGCCGGGAUGGCAGCGAGGGGAAGGCCGAGGUGGAGGCAGUGCCAGAGAAGCAAGAGGAGCAGACGCCCCAGACGAAGAAGGAAGUGAAGACGGAGGACGAUGACCAAUCUCCGUGCACGUCCUCCGUCUACAAGCACAAGAAGCUGCACCUCCUCCAGCGUUACCAACAGGAACAGGAGCAACUCCAGCAGCAGCAGCAGCUGGAAGGCCAUCCCCUAGCCACUGCCAUAGCCAAAUGUGAUAGCAAGGCCAGCACGCCGGAGCUCCUCGAACGGGAGUUCGCCUCGGGUUCUCUGGGGGAUCGGGUGCAGUUGAUAGAGCGGGUUCGCAGCACCUCCAGUUCCAGCUGCAGCAAUAGCCAAAAAAGCGGCAUCACUUGCCGGAACAAGCAGCUGGCCAGGAUUGCCGAGCUGCCGCCGAGGAAAUCGCCGCGGGAGCACGCUUCCACCCUGGCCCUGGUCAGUUGCAUCAUCCGUCAGCGGCAGGACUCGCAGAGUAAAACGAACUCCGAGGCUGAAGAGCCGCCCCCUCCACCCGUGGUUGCGCAGCCGCCCAAACUGAAGACGCCCCUGAAGCAGGAGCCCGUGGUGGCGCCAGCAUCGCCGCGAACCACCCGGUCCCAGGCCGCCACUCCCGUGGAGGAACUGCGCUUUGCCACCGAAAUCAGCGAGACUGUGAAGCGGAUGCGGCGUGGCCAGAACAAGUACGAUCAUUCCCCGCCAGCUCCCGUGCCAGCCACGGCGUCACCCAUCCGGAGUCGCCGCAUUCCGCCCUCCACCGCCAAUCAGAGCUACAGCCACAGUUACUCCCGCCGCUUGGAAUUCGCCGCCUCCACGGCGAACCGACGGGAGGCGAAGGCUUCGCGGAAGAGAAGGGUCAACGUCCAGGGUACCGGUUGUGUUGGGCGGCCGCCACAACAGACCGUUCAACAGCAGCCAGGUGUCGGGUCGUUCCGGGGAGUUCGCAAGCUCCCGAGUAAGAAGGGUGUGCUCGAGUACGAGAUGGAGUCGUCCGCCUUCAAAGCCCUGGAUCAGGCAAUGCAGUACAGUAAUCCCGGGUUGGCUGCCUGGCAGCUAGACAAAUACCUGGAGCUGGCUGGCCGGGAAUACGAUCUAGAGAUCGAAGAACCUUCUUCGUCAUCGUCGGGAGUGGAGGCCCAGGAGAGGCAAUCCAAUCCGCAGACACCUCCGCCCACCGAUUGCUUCACCAGCGAGUUCGACCUUUGCGACUUGCUCUUGGGCAGUGCGGGCAGUGGAGAUGAUGAGGAGGACCCGGCCAAGGGCGGUCUGCCGGGCACCAGUCGGCGGAUGAACAACAGCCUGAACCUGUAUUCCAGUUACUACAAAAAGCGGAAGAGCUUGAAGUCCAACCGCACCGGCUGGCCGAAGGCGCACAGGCGACGCAAUGCUGGGGGAUUUGGCGGUAAUCGUUCCAUGCCUGAAGAGAGGAUCAACUUCCAGAAGAUGGGCCUGGUGGAGAUGCGACCCAUUAAGCAGGAGCCAAUGGAAACGGAGGAGGAGCAGACCACCACCACGACCACUACUACAUCGGCCACCCGGGAAAAACUGUUGAGCAAAGAGGAUGAAGAUGAUGAGGGUGGUGGUGGAGAUCCGGAGGGAGAUGAAGGCGGAGGUGGGCCGGGGAGAACGGCAGAUGGGAAGCAGAAUCCUCGAGAAGGCGCCGUCAUGACGCCACCGGCCACCGACGUGGAUGAUACGGCCGACAAUGAGCCGGAGCCCGAGGCGGAUGAAAACGAAAGCCUGCCCGAGGAGGAUGAAACGAUGGCCGACUCGGUGGAUCAGCAGCAGGACGAUGAGGCGGAAAUCGAGGCCACUGAUGCGGAUGUCGAGGAGGAGGACGAGGAAGAAGAGGAGGAUGUGUUCGAGGAUGCCUUCGAGGAGCAGGAGACCAGCGGCAAGGCCAAGGAAGAAGGGGAGCCGGUCGAGAAGAGAGCCCGAAUACCCUCGAUAUCGGUGACUACGCCACCGGAGGACCGUUCCACACCCGGCAAGAAACUGCUGCUCACCCUGCACAACGGCCAGCGCCUCCAGGCCACCUCCACGCCCAGUUCCGGCCAGGUUCAGAGGCGGACGCCCCAGCUGAAUGGUAGCCUCGGCAGUUGCAUAUCGCCAAGCGAGAAACUGGGAGACAACUCUGACAUCUUCACCGUCUCCUCGGAUGGUCUGGACACCGAUCUGGAUCUGAGCAACACCCAGGCGGGCGACUCCCACGAGCACUGUCCCCACCAACAGCAGCAGCAGCCACAACAGACGACACCAAAGCGGAAGUUCGACAUCUCCAAGUAUGCGCCGCCGAACAAUGGGAAGGCGGCCAGCAGUUGUGCGGCGGAAGCUGCCACCGCGGCGGUCAAAUCCCUGGCCAUUUCGCAGUUCCUCAAGAAGGAGGUGCGUGUCACCUGCCGGCGGCUGCGGGCACCGUUUCGGCGAUUUCGUUACCGUCGCUGAGCCAUCGGAUCAGCUCCAUCAUCCACCAUCAUCAUCAUCAUAAUAGUCCUGCCCAUUUGGGGGGCAGGUCAUCACGGUCAUCAUUCAGCACCAAUCACUUUUUAGACUUUAGUGUGUACAGAGACGAUAAGUUUCAGUUUAUAGGUAUUUUUAGGCCACAAUUCCCUCCAAAAAAGCGAGUACUCUGUUCCCAAUUCAAUUUUCGGAUUAAAUUUGGCGAAAUGGGAAGUUGGAAAUUGGAAAUUAUAAUGUUACUUUAUCACUGCCAUUACGAUUUUUUUGUUAAAUAUUAAAAUCAAUUCGAUGCAGAGUCUCCAAAGGUUUUUAUUUAUUUUUGUCCAUUUUUUAAUUUUUAAUAAUAAACAAAACUAUUGCUAUUGUUAGUCGGAAAUGAAGUGGGAACAGAUCCCGACCCAUCCAUCAACAUCCAAAAUUUAGCAUAAUUUCAACUCACAAACAGAAAAGCAAAAAAAUCACACACAGCGAUACGUAAAUAAGUCUUAGUUUAAUAUUAGUUUAGCUCAAAUACCCUUUCCCCUAAAUACAAAUACAAAAAAUUAAAUGCAAAAAAUGCACAUUAACUAUUUCGGACAAUUCCAAAAAAGAACUUCUCAUUUUCAAAUCCUAGCUAUUAAGUAGUAAAGAUCCUUUUUUUCGUUUCUAUUUCCAAAUGUUUUUAUUAUUAUUUUUUAGCCAUGUACUAAUAUCAAGUCAACGCUCAAAAAAAAAAAUUAAAGAAAGGCGAAAGUAAACUACUAUGUAACAGAAAUAAAAAAUAAAUUAAACUUAAUACAAAAAAAAAACCAAAAGCAAUUGUAAAAAUAUUAAAACAAAGAGUAAAUUAUAUUAUUAAAUAUUCAAUUAAAAAUACACGAUAGUUUUUAUUCAA